AAUUAAAAAUUAAGAGAUGGUUUCUUAUAUUCCGUUAAAAACUUCCACUUUAAAAACUCUCAUUAAUCAUGUCUUAAUUUUCUGUCGUAGAAUCUUCUCAAAUACCUAGCGUGAAAUUGCAUGCAUCAGUAACAUUUUCUAUUAGUUUUAUAUCCUCAAUGAACAUGCAUCUUUACCGUUUGUAGACUACAAAGAGGUACGAGUUUUAAUACACAAGUAUACAGCUAUCUUGUCGUAUAAUUUUGCCUCUAUUAGAAAUGUAAAUCAAUGUUUCUUCAUUCUCACGACCAAAUAAUAAACCGAUAUUAAAAUAAGCUGAUUAAAAGAAUGUACGCCUUUGCUUUUCCGUUCAACUCGCUUGACUUGCAUUAGGUCAGCCUAUGGGGGGGGGGGAUGAAUUCAUGAACUAUGUAAUUUAUUCGUAUUCUUUAGACUUUAAUCAUCUCUUGCGGUAAAAUCCAUUUUGGUUAUGGUCUAAAUGCGUAUAACUGUUUUUCUUUAAUGGCUAUAUAAUCAUAAAAUAUUUAUAAAUUAUAACCCCAAAAGCAAAAUACAUAUCUAAUCAAUUGUUUCUCACCGCAUUUCCAGCGUCAACUCUACUCGACGACAACUAUAAACCCUAAGCCAACCUAAUACUAUCCUUACCAAUCCCAAGUUCCCAACGAUCACUCUCUCUCUAUCUCUCUUUCCCUCACACAAACCAAAAAAGAUCAAAAGAAAAUGGCCCUCGUGAAGCUACUUGUAACCAUCGCAAUAACAACCGCAAUCACAAUCGCAGUCAUCACCACCAGAACCACCCCCACAGUGGAACGCACGAGCUUUGAUGCACCGGGUACGCAAACUAUAAGGCCGAGCAGGUUCCUGGCUCAGAAGGAAGUAGGCGAGCGAAGCCCUAGCGCGGCGGACCAUUGCAACAAGGAUCCUGAGAUGUGUAGCCUCUACGGAGGCGGAGGAAGCAACUCGACGGUGACGUGCUGCAACAACAAGUGCAUAGACGUGGCCAGUGACGACAAGAACUGUGGCGCGUGUCAGAACAAGUGCAAGUUCUCACAGACGUGUUGUCGAGGCCAAUGCGUUUACUUGUCUUACGACAAACGCCAUUGUGGACAAUGUAACCAUCCGUGUGAGCAGGACGAGUUAUGCGUCUACGGUCUCUGUAACUACGCGUGAUCGAUCCACCGGGCGGUGGCGUAUUCUACUAACAAAGAAACUAAAGCUAAUUAAAAGUCUAUCUAUACGUGAGCAUAUGUAUUUACAAUAUUGGAUGGUGCGUCCAAUUAAUUAAAUAAGUGGUGUGUACCACACUGAAUCCCAUUAUAUUUUUGGGUAUAAAAGGAAACGAUUUUGUGGAACAUAUAUACUUCAAGGCCAGCUCUGAGUAGUAGGCCGCUUAAAUUCUAUAUACACAUACUAGAA